UCAAGAUGUUUCAAACGUAAUUGGCCCCUUUGUGCCCAGCAAGGGCACGACAGAGGUGCUGGAGGGAGGGUCUGCAGCCACCCCCACCCCCCGCGUUGUGCUAUCGAGCUGGAGAGUCAGCACAAAAGGAAAAGUGCAUCACGGAGAUGGGCCGUUAGCACCACAAAACUGCUUCAAAAAAGCCUACUGAAGAAAGCGACGUCAAGUGCUUGUGCAUGCGUGGUGAAUCUCACAAUGCGGCGUACGCCUGCCGCUGGUGGGGGUCUUGUUGUUGGUGUUAUUGGUUGUGCACCCUGAGUGACGGUGGCAGCUGAGGACGAAGGAGAAGGAAUCCCCACAUGGGACGUCAACCGCCUGACCGGGGGGCAACGUGAGGAGAGCGCAUUGCUUCGGACGACCAGACGACCAUGAAGGCUGCGGACGGGCGAAAAGGCUGACAAAAAGCUGCAAAGCGACACACACACACACACACACGCACACACAAACAAAAGAAAGCCAACAUUUUAUUCAUCUGUCAGCCCGACGCUGCCUUUGGGGUCGUAAUGCGGGAGAGCCAUGUUGUCGAGAAAAGGCCUCAUCCCGGAGGACUACUUGCUGACACGCUUGGCUGAGGAUGUUCAACAGCCCAAGUUCAAAACGAAACCGAGGAAAGCCCGCUUCGUGGCCAAGAACGGCGCCUGCAAUGUGGCGCACACCAACAUCCGCGAGCAGGGUCGAUUCCUGCAAGACGUCUUCACCACUCUGGUGGACUUGAAAUGGCUCCACACGCUCAUCAUCUUCACCAUGUCGUUCCUGUGCAGUUGGCUCCUCUUUGGGAUGAUCUGGUGGCUUAUUGCUUUCGCGCACGGCGACUUGGACCGGCGGGCGGGCGACUUCGUGCCGUGCGUCACGGACAUCCACUCCUUCUCGUCCGCCUUCCUCUUCUCCAUCGAGGUGCAGGUGACGAUCGGCUUCGGGGCGAGGAUGGUGACGGAGGAGUGCGUGUCCGCCAUUGUCGUGCUCAUCAUGCAGAACAUCGUGGGGCUGGUCAUCAACGCCAUCAUGCUGGGCUGCAUCUUCAUGAAGACGGCGCAGGCGCACAGGCGCGCCGAGACACUCAUUUUCAGCAAGCACGCCGUCAUCUCCGUGCGGAACAACAAACUUUGCUUCAUGGUGCGCAUCGGCGACCUGAGGAAGAGCAUGAUCAUUAGCGCCACCGUACGGAUGCAGGUGGUCAAGAGAACCACCACUGAGGAGGGCGAGGUGGUGCCCCUGGACCAGAUCGACAUCCAGAUGGAUAACCCGGUGGGCAUCAACGGGGUCUUCCUGGUGUCCCCGCUCAUCAUCUGUCACGUGAUCGACAAGGACAGCCCGCUGUACGCCAUGUCCGCCGUGGACCUGCAGCACAACGACGUGGAGGUCAUCGUGGUGCUGGAGGGGGUGGUGGAGACCACCGGCAUCACCACGCAGGCCAGGACCUCGUACGUGUCCGAUGAGAUCCUCUGGGGGCAGCGAUUCGUGCCCACAGUGUCCGAGGAGGACGGCAUGUACGCGGUGGAUUACUCCAAAUUCGGCAACACGCAGAAGGUGCCCACUCCGUGCUGCAGCGCCAAGAAACUGGACGAGGCGGGCGGCAUCGCGAGGUUUAAAGUCACCGAGGGCGUCACCUUGCGGACGUCGGUGAGAAGGCGGCCCGGGUCCACCGUAGCCCGGCGCUCCAGGCUGCAGAGCCGAUGAUGACGACUUGCUUACUCCGAAUAAAUUCACAUGGACGAAGACUGCGCUCGUAUGGUCUGGCCUCAUAUUCUUCCGUUCAACUCAAUUCAAUUCUGUUAUUUAUAUAGAACCGACUCACAACAGAAGUAACUUUUCAUCUACAGUGGAGGGAUAGAGUGGGGGCAACAUAAAAAAAAAAUCCCUUCCCCUCCUCGAAAAAUAUACGCCAGUUUACCACAUUUCAAUUAUGUGGGUACAACUGCAGGCUAUGUUCAAAUUAAGUACAUUGAAAGUUUUUUUUUUUCAGUGAAGCUCUCGAACUGGGGUGGGCAAACUUUUGUCCUCAUUUGCCACACGACCAUGCAGGUAUUUUGCAGAUGAGGUGAAAACAAAUAAACUGUAGCUGUUGUGAAAGCACUGUUUCAACAGAUUGAUUUUGUUAAGGACAUAUAAAAAUAUUAAAAUGUUCAUUAUUUUAAGAGGACUAUUUAACAUAAAAUGAAUUCUAAUUAGUUAAUCAUGAAAUGGAUCAUUAAUGAAAUAACUUAAUUCCCAUCAAUGAGCCUACCUACGAUAAUUAAAGUAAUACAAAAAUUGUGCAUUUUACAUUUCUUUCAGUUUAAUGACAUGCAACAAUUCAAAUUAAAGUGCUGAACAUUUUUUAUUGAUACAUUUUAAAAUCAGAGAUGCAAGUAAUAUUUUUAGCUGAAUUCCGAAUCUUCCCUCGCUUUUUGCUGAGCACAUCAAUUUUUCCUAAAUCAAGAAUAAUAAUUGUCAUAAUCAUGAUCAUAAUAAUGUGGCGCUAGACGAUAUGUGUGUUAUUGUGGAAGAAAUCUAAUGUGUUUAAAUAAGAUGAGCUUUUUUUGUUCCAAAAUUGGGAAAUUUUGGAAAUAACAAAAACACCACCACCAACAAAACACUUGUUUAACCUCCUAAGACCU